AUGGACGACGAAUAUGUUGCGCAGCUUCUCGCCAAAGAGGCCAAAGAGAGCUCUUUGAAAUACUCCUCUCAGGGUCUGAGUGCUCUGAUGCCUGCGUCAAAGCCAGCGAGCAACGCCCCCAAACCCAACACUCGCUUCCUGCGCAACCUUAUAAAAGUGACCGAUAGCCAUAAUACUGCUCUCAAACAGAAGGAAGAGAGGGAAGCGCGAGAGCGCAUGCGUCAGAUGAAAGCACAGGCAUCAGGUGCUUCAGCUUCGACUUCGACAGACCGUACAGCUGGAAGAUCUGAUAGGCGAAAUGAGCGGCGGGGUGAUGAUAAAGAUGAUCAUCAUCGCUCACACCGGAGAAGAUAUCGAAGUCGCUCUCCCACCGAACGCGACCGAACUCGACGCCAUCGAAGAGACGAAUACCAUGAGAAGGGCGAACACCGACACAGGGAACGCGAUGACUAUCGACGGGAGUCACGAGAGCAUGAGACGGCGAGGAACGAUCGCAGGGAAAGAGAUCGAGAUCGAGAUCGAGAGCAUACCAGGCGACGUCGUGACCGAUCCUACUCCAAAUCGCAAUCCCGCAGCCGUUCGCCACGCAGGGAUCGAAGUACCGAUCACCAUCGCCAUCGCCAUCGAAGAACAGACCGCCAAUCCGACCGCUACAAGCGUUCACGUUCGCGCUCACGUUCUCGUUCUGAGGAACGUCGCAAGUCUCGGUCUUCAAGACGUGUAGACCCAUCGCCACGUCGCUCCCGCCCUGAAUCUACUCGACGUGACCGAAGCCCGCCGCCUCCAAAAGCAAUCAUCACUGAGACGGGUGACGAAUCGGAUCCCCUCGAAGACCUCGUUGGGCCACUGCCUCCCGAAAAAACGAAGCCCCUAUCCGCUCACGAGGACGAGGCGCCUACAAACCCAAUAUGA